CCUCACCAUGGCUUUGAACAUGCGUCAGAAUAGGAAAGAGCGAGCAUUCUCCCGUCGUUCCCGCACGGGAUGUCGGACCUGCAGGAUCAGACAUAUCAAGUGCGAUGAGACGCCAGGAUCAUGCACUAACUGUACAUCCACAGGACGAACAUGCGAUGGGUAUGCUAUGGUCGUACUCCCCGCGGCUAUGAGGAAGGGUGGACGUGCCCUGGCCCGGCCCAGGGCAUAUCUCAGCCUGAAUCUCCCCGGGGCGACCUCGACCGAACGAAGAUGCUUUGCCUUUUUCCAGAACCAUACGGUGCCCAUGCUCGUUGGCUAUUUCGACUCACACGUGUGGCAGCAAUUAGUUCUUCAGCUGAGCCAAGCAGAGCCGGCCGUGUGCCAUGCCGCGGUCGCACUCGGGGCACUUCACGAGAUCACGGAAGCGAGGGACACCGUUGGGAAAGUUGCGGUAAUGAAUGGGCGUUUACAUGACCUAUUCGCUCUGGAGCAGUAUUGCCGUGCAAUCUCAAUGCUGCGACAGCGCUUGGGGUCGAAAGACCCCCAGCUCCGAUUUACCGCAUUGAUCUGUUGUCUCAUCUUUGUUUUCUACGAAUUCAUCCAGGAGAAAUAUGUCACGGCCCUCAUGCACCUCAAGAACGGGAUGUACCUGCUGGCAAACCAGAAGGGCUACAUUGCGCGUUCGUCCAUCUUGACUAGGCUCUAUCGUCCACUCAACCGACCCUCCACCGCUGAAACAGCACUCGCCAGCGCCUUCGCUCAUUUAGAAAUCCAGUCCGCGCACUUCGACUCCCCGGAAACCUACAUCCGGCUUUAUCCUACAGAUUACCAUCUAACCGAGAUCCAAUACGACUACCUUCAGAUCCAAAGUCUCCAGGAGGCAAAAGAAAAGCUGGACCCAAUCAUAAACAACGUUUUCCGAUUCUUGUCCACCAGUGAUAUCCGUGUGAGAGAUAAAUCAGCCAAUCACCUGACACUGCAUAUCGAGCAACACAAAAUGCGAACGAACCUGCUAGACCACAUAUCGGCAUUCGAGGAAUUUCUUCUGCGGUUUUCGCCCCGCACAGAAAAGGAAACACGUAGUAUAGACCUGAUCCGAUUGCAUCACCUUAUCCUUCUAAUGAACGUGGAAACCUUCCUCAGUCUAUCGGAAAUGGUCUUUGAUGUGCACGUCCAUACCAUGGAGAAAUGCGUAGAUCUAUGCGAGCGGAUAGCCGCUAGCUUUAGGGCUGAGUAUGCGGAUAAUCCUCCCAACUUGCUCAUGGACCUAGGAAUUAUUCCACCCCUAUCCUGGAUAUCUCUGAAAUGCCGUGGUUUUGGACUUAGAAGGCGAGCGCUGGAUGUUUUGCGGUCAUGGCCGCAUCGGGAAGGGCCACAUCACUCGAUGGAUUUGAUGUAUAUGUCCCGGGAGGUUGUGGCGAUUGAAGAGGGAGGGUUUGAUGAAUUGAUGGGGUGUAUUCCGGAGCUUUCGAGGGUACGGACUGUUGGAUUGGAGAAGUUGGAUGGGUCUAGUGCUGUACUGCUUUAUGCGCUUUCAGAUCCGUGCGGGGAGCGAUUGGAUUUGCGUCGGCGCGUGUUUCUUAUGGAUGGUAGAGCGUAUUGAGUGAUAGAGAAAUAUGUAGAAUAGGCUACUCGAUCAGUAUUAUAUGUUAAGGGUAGUUCUCUUUUUCCUUUCAUGGUUUAUGAGAAGACGGAGUUUCAU